CAAUAAUCAUAAUGUGGCAGGGCACCAAUUAUUAUUAAAUGUCAAACAUUUUGACAACAGAUUGUCAUCGUCAGUGCAACUUGUGUGGCACCUUGGAAAAAUGAGCCAUCGUUUUUGUGUAAUCAAGUGCUUAGUAAAAGAUAACUAAUCGCAAAUUAUUUAUCAACUUAAACACCUGAGCUUUUGCUCUUAUCGUAAUAGGAAAACCAUAUUUGAGUGACGCAAGGAAGUUGGAACGAUGUCUUCAUCAGCAAUAUAUGUGCUUGAUGUCAAAGGCAAAGUAUUGAUAUCUCGUAAUUAUCGUGGGGAUACAAUGGAUAUGGCUGCUAUUGACAAGUUCAUGCCACUACUUAUGGAACGCGAGGAGGAAGGUCUCAUUACGCCUAUAUUACAGACUGCUGAUCACACCUUUGCGUACAUCAAGACGAACAAUCUUUAUAUUGUAUCGACUACACCACGGAACAAGAAUGUUAAUAUUGCUUUGGUUUUUGUGUUUCUACAUAAAAUUGCACAAGUAUUUAUUGAAUACUUUAAAGAACUGGAAGAAGAGUCUAUACGCGAUAAUUUUGUGAUUAUAUAUGAGCUACUUGAUGAGUUGAUUGAUUUUGGCUAUCCCCAGACAACAGAUUCAAAAAUAUUGCAGGAAUAUAUUACCCAAGAGGGACAUAAACUAGAAUUACAACCCCGUCCACCAUUAGCGGUUACCAAUGCAGUAUCUUGGCGUUCUGAGGGUAUUAAAUAUCGUAAAAACGAAGUAUUUCUUGAUGUGAUAGAAUCGGUAAAUUUAUUGGCGAAUGCUAACGGAAAUGUAUUGCGAAGCGAAAUUGUAGGCGCAAUAAAAAUGCGUGUGUAUUUAUCUGGGAUGCCUGAAUUACGUUUGGGUUUGAACGAUAAAGUAUUAUUUGAGAGCACUGGGCGUGGCAAAUCUAAGUCCGUUGAAUUGGAGGAUGUGAAAUUCCACCAAUGCGUGCGAUUAUCACGCUUUGAGAAUGACCGUACUAUUUCAUUUAUUCCACCAGAUGGAGAGUUUGAAUUAAUGUCUUAUCGUCUUAACACACACGUAAAGCCACUUAUUUGGAUUGAGUCUGUUAUUGAACGCCACGUACACUCACGUGUCGAAUACAUGAUUAAAGCUAAAUCCCAAUUUAAGCGUCGUUCUACUGCAAAUAAUGUCGAGAUUGUUAUUCCUGUGCCUGCAGAUGCCGACUCUCCGAAAUUUAAAACCACCAUAGGCAGUUGUAAAUAUGCUCCAGAACAAAACGCUAUAAUUUGGACUAUUAAAUCAUUUCCUGGUGGGAAGGAAUAUUUAAUGCGAGCCCAUUUUGGUCUGCCAAGUGUUGAAAGCGAAGACAACAAUGAAGGGAAACCACCGAUACAAGUUCGUUUUGAAAUUCCUUAUUUCACAACAUCAGGCAUCCAGGUUCGUUAUUUAAAAAUUAUCGAAAAGAGCGGCUACCAAGCAUUGCCUUGGGUACGAUAUAUUACGCAGAACGGCGAUUACCAAUUGCGUACUAAUUAAUAUAACGAGUGAAGGAAAUACAAAUGCUGCUUGUAAAUUAAACAAAUCGUUAAUUUAUCACUGAAACCGAUGUAAUGUGCACUAUAUAUAAUAUAAAGUCGUUUUUGACAUUUUCGCAUAUUUUCUGUGAAAACACAUUCCGUUCCACGUUGAUUUCCUUGCUCUGCAAACGGUUUCUUUUCUAACAGUAAAUAUGAAGUCGUACAUAUGUAGCAUUAUUUUAUUUUAUAACGUACUUAUGUUUUUAAAUUGAUCAAUCAAAAUUUUUUUGAAAAUAAACACAUAUAUAUAUAUUCUUCAUUUUAUUGUAUGCAAUUGUAUAAAAUAUUUAUUUUACUAGAUACCUUUUCCAGAGAUUUAAAUGCGUCUUUUUUUAAUCAGACAUUGGAUUAUAUACAUACAAACAUUCUUAAAAUUAAUAAAUGCACUUCAAGUAUCACAAGUUAA